AUUUAGAGCCUGAUCUUGUGCAGAAAAUAUCUCUGACAUUUGAAGAGCUCCAGGGAUCCAGUGAGCAUGCUCAGUCCUUCCCUCCUGCUAGAAAGAGGAAGCUAGUUUACAUACGAGUCAUACCUAGCAUAGCCAGCAUGUCAGUGCAGUUAACUUGCAGCGGGGCUGUGAGGAAAACUAGCGUGUCUUUGUCCUAGGAAAUGUGCCUCGUUUUUUGGCCUUUUUUUAUUGCUUUUUUAAUUUGAAGAAAGAUUCGUACAGACUUCUGAAACUGCAUUUUAAUCCUAAGGCAAGGAAAACGACACACAACGGCUUCCGAACAGACCGUGGAGGGGUUUGGUGUGUCUCUCUCUGUGUAUGUGCGCGCUUUGAGGUUUCUUUUUGUGUGAGUGUUUUUUUUCUUUUUUAAAAAACUUUUACAGACUUUAUUUUGAUACUCUGAGGCUGGGCCUCUCGCCUUUUUUUUUUUUUUUUAAUUUGGUGAAGUUAAUACAGAAGAGCCAGGCGCUCCCGAGCAAUAAUUGAUUUUUGAAUCCUCUUUACCGUUUUGGGGCAAAAGCAAACAAGCUGGUUUUCUCUGCUAAGCCCGAUAAAUGCUAUUUAUGAAGAUGGACCUGUUGAACUACCAGUACUUGGACAAGAUGAACAACAAUAUCGGCAUUCUGUGCUACGAAGGUGAAGCUGCUCUAAGAGGUGAACCCAGAAUGCAAGCCCUCCCUGUGUCUUCUGCCCUCACCAAUCAUCGGACAGGGCCCCCUCCCAUCAGCCCCAGCAAGAGGAAGUUUAGUGUGGAACAAGGGGAUGAUGACCUAGACUGUGAAAAUGACCACGUUUCCAAGAUGAGUCGCAUCUUCAACCCCCAUUUAAGCAAGAAUGGGGAUUGCCGAAAAGAACACCGGGAAAGGAGCCGAAGCCCCAUUGAACGUGCUGUGGCUCCCACCAUGAGUCUGCACGGCAAUCACGUGUACGCCUCCAUCCCUAGCAUCACCAUGGAGCAACCCCUUGCACUGACCAAAAACAGCAUGGAUGCCAACAGGACAGUUGGCAUCUCCCCAACAUUGACCCCUGUGGAACGGCAGCAGAACCGCCCCUCAGUCAUCACCUGUGCCUCUGCAAGCAAUCGUAACUGCAACCUCUCUCACUGCCCCAUCGCCCACAGUGGGUGUGUCUCAUCUACGCCAGCAAGCUACAGACGGCCUCCAAGUACUACCACUACCUGUGACCCCGUGGUAGAAGAGCACUUCCGUCGGAGCCUCGGCAAGAACUACAAGGAACCAGAGCCCGUGGCAAACUCCGUGUCCAUCACGGGCUCAGUGGACGACCACUUUGCCAAAGCACUGGGCGACACGUGGUUGCAGAUCAAGGCGGCCAAGGAUGGAGCCUCCAGCAGUCCUGAGUCAGCUUCCAGGAGGGGGCAGCCAUCCAGCCCUUCUUCCCACAUGGUUAAUCACAAUCACUCCCCCUCGGUUGUCUCAUGAAGAGAGGACCACCAACACCUCCUCUGUUGGAGAACAAGUGAAUCUGCAUGGUUUGCCUGAGCUUUGAACCGGCGAUGCUUAAAUGGAAAAUAG